AUGCAUUUCGUUGGGCUGUUGCGACAGAACCACAAUCGGCUGCCUCUGACCCCGCGUGAUGCAGCUCGAUCAGAACUGCAAGCCACUGUGCAGGAGCCGCAAUCAAGCAAUUCCCAGUGCACCAAGAGUUCCAAAAUGCAGAGCGGCAAGAGAAACCUAAUGAAGUUGAAUGCUGCUGCUGCUUCACCGCCAUCUUCAAAAGCAGCGACUGAACCGAUGAAAGGCAGCAAACCAUCUCAACAGAAGGAUAUCAGUGCCAACCACCAGGAAGAUGACGGUGCGUUGCUGCAAGCCGAGAGGAAAGAGCAGCGACGGAUCGCGAGACGUUCGCGUCUGUAUUACGACGAUUUCGUCACACUGGACACGAGCAUUAUGCUGAAGGUAUACGUCGGUGCACUGUCGCUCCACUAUGAGGCGCUUAGUGUGGAAGCAUCGAAACAGACAACGGCAGAGGAGAUCGUUUCCUGUAUCGUCGAGCGGCUGGGUCUAACGGGAAACAACUAUGAGCUGGCGGAAGUGGCCGGCGAGUGCAAGGAGAGGCGACUUUCCGCGCACGAAAAACCCGUCUCCGUUAUGCUGCUGUGGCCGAUGCACUCGGAGAAAGAUUUUCAUAGAUUCUAUCUACGUGAAAUACAAACCGACGUUCCUUGGCUAGAUAGUUACGGACUCGAUCCACAGAUACUUAGAGAUUUUAUACCAUUUUUGUUGCAAAAAGAAAAUAGAGAAUAUCCUGACCUGUGCCAACUACCAGAUCUUAAUGAAGCAACACUACUCGAGAACCUCCGUCAGCGGUUUGAGGCCGGCCACAUCUACACGUACGUCGGCAGCAUCCUGAUCGCCGUGAACCCGUUCAAGUUUCAUCCAAUCUACAAUCCAAAGUAUGUGCGGCUGUACCAGAAUCAGCGGAUCGGACCGAUCCUGCCGCCGCACAUCUUCGCCAUCGCGGACAACGCUUACUAUAACAUGCUGAAGGAGAAACGCAACCAGUGUAUCGUUAUCAGCGGCGAGAGCGGUUCCGGCAAAACCGAAAGCACCAACUUUCUGCUGCACCAUUUAACUGCACUCUCGCAGAAGGGCGCCCACGGGUCGGGCGUGGAGCAAACCAUCCUCAGUGCCGGACCCGUCCUGGAAGCGUUCGGCAAUGCAAAAACGGCUCACAACAACAAUAGCAGUCGGUUCGGAAAGUUUAUCCAAGUGAAUUACCGCGAGAAUGGCAUGGUACAGGGUGCGGUUGUCCAGAAGUAUCUGCUCGAGAAGAGCCGCAUCGUUUCGCAGGGCCACUACGAGCGCAACUAUCACGUGUUCUACUAUCUGCUGUCCGGUGCCACCGAUACCGAACGGGAUGCGCUACAUCUGCUGCCGGCGGACAAGUAUCACUACCUGAAUGCAAAGAAUCUCACGCUGGAGAACUGUGACGAGAAGUAUGAGUUCUCGCGCCUCAAACAGAGCAUGGAGAUGGUGGGCUUUUCGGCGGAGAAGCAACGCCGACUGUUUAACGUACUGUCGGCCGUACUGCUGCUCGGUAAUGUGGAGUUCUUCCCGAAGAAGUCCACCUACCAUCACGACGAAAGCGUGCAGGUGCGAAACCCGGACGUGGUCGGUCUCAUAUCGGAGCUGCUGCGCGUCAAGCAGGAGACGCUGAUGUCGGCGCUCACAUCCAAGCGCGUGAAGGCAAGCGGUGAAACGCUAAUCAUGCAGUACAAGCUACCGGAAGCGAUCGCUGCCCGGGAUGCGCUAGCCAAGUGCCUUUACGGGGCGCUGUUCGACUGGAUCGUGCUGCAGGUGAAUCAUGCGCUGCUGAACAAGGAUCAGGUCUUGCAUACGGGUCACUCGAUCGGGGUGCUGGACAUAUUCGGUUUUGAGGAUUUUGGACCCCAGAAUAGCUUCGAGCAGCUGUGCAUUAACUACGCGAACGAGCAUUUACAGUAUUACUUCAAUCUGCACGUGUUCAAGUACGAACAAAAAGAAUACAAACGCGAGGGAAUUAAAUGGACUGAUAUAGAAUUUCUAGACAAUUACGGCUGCUUGCAGCUGUUUGAAUCGAAACCAUCCGGUUUGCUGUGUAUACUGGACGAUCUGUGCAAUUUUCCCGGUGCCACAAACGAAACAUUACUGCAAAAGUUCAACAGUGUUCACAAGGAUAAUGCAUUUUACGAAAAGCCACAGCGCAAAGAGAACGCAUUUAUCAUUAAGCAUUACGCGGGCAAGGUGAAAUAUCAGGUUGCCGAAAUGCGUGAAAAGAAUCUCGAUCUAAUGCGGCAGGACAUUGUGAGCGUGCUGAAAAAUUCGAGCAUGGCGUUCGUGCGCGAACUGGUCGGGGCGGACCCGGUAGCCGUGUUUAGGUGGGCGAUUUUGCGAGCCUUUUUUCGCGGCUAUUUUGCAUUCCGGUCUGCUGGCAUUAAGCAUCGGAAGGAACGCGCCGACAUGUCGUUCAACAAGUUGGCAACGAAGACACGAUACCGUGCACCGAACGAUAGUAUCGUAAGCCAUCUCGUGACGGUCUCAUCGGUGAACCUAACAAUCAAUCGAAUUGCCAAACGCAUCAGCAAUGCCAUGAGCGAUAUCACAUCGGGCCAUAGUAACAACCAGUCCGGCUCACCCGGUAGCAAUCUGUCCUACCAUAGACAGUCCCUUGGGAAUGCCGGUUAUGGUGGGAUCGGUUCGUCGUCACCGGGCGGUACUGGAGGUACACCGCGCCGGUCAUGGUCGAGCUUUGCGUUCAACAACAAAAAUUUCCCCGACGGCAAGCUGAACUACGAGUGCCACCAGCAGCAGGAUCAUGCCCCACAGUACCAAUCGAAACAUCAGCAAUCGGGGUCUGCCUCGUCCCUUUCUUCGGCUUACGGCAGUGGGGGAAAUGGCAAAUCAUCGACAAACGCAAACGCUUCCGGUGGUGCUGCACAGGCUGGCGGUGGAGCCACUAGUGGCAAAGGAUACGGGUUUGGGUCGGCAGCGGCUCGGAACCGGUUUGAACGCUCCGGCCAGGACGUAAUGGCUCGUGCGUCGCAGAUCGUAAUGAAAAACAAAUCCUUUCGUCCUCGAGAGCGCCCGAAAAAGGGACUCAAGAAUCUUCAAUCGGUGAAAACGCUUUCGGCCGGUCAGAAUCUGUCCAACCAAACCUCCGCCAUCAAAACGCGCAAACAGCCACUUACUGUGACAGCCCAGUUUCAAAAUUCAUUGAUCGCACUGAUGGAAACGCUAAACCAGGCAAAUCCAUUCUUCAUUCGGUGCAUCAAAUCGAACCCGAACAAAAUACCGAACCAGUUUGAUGAUGCAACAGUUACUAGACAGCUUCGGUAUACGGGCAUGCUAGAAACGGUCCGAAUAAGACGAGCAGGCUAUAACGUACGUCUAACGUAUGAGGAAUUCAUCCAGCUGUACCGCAUCCUGCUACCGAAGGGGCUGGUCAGCUCCCAGAAAGAUGUGCGGGACUUUAUGAGCACGAUGGAUUUGAACAAGCAGCACUACCAGCUCGGCCUGACCAAGAUUUAUAUGCGCGAGUCGCAAAAGAUACGGUUGGACAUUUCGCUGCACACCAAGAUCAUCGACAGCAUCAUCUGCAUUCAGCGCUGGUUCCGUGCGAUCCUGCAGCGCAAAAAGUAUUGCCAGUAUCGAACAGCGGCCUGCACCAUCCAGUCAUACUGGCGCGACUAUUUGCGCGAGAAGCAGGAGAAGUUUACGCGCAAAAUACGCAACCAUGCCGCCACGGUGAUUCAGGCGACGUGGCGCGGUUACACGGUGCGCAAUUGGUACGGCAAGCUAAAGACGGGCGUGUUGAUUAUUCAGGCCCGCAUCCGUGGCAACCAAGCGCGGUCGCGGUUCAAGGAGCUGCUCAGCAAGAAGUUGCAGCGUGAACGGUCCAAACUUCGCUCGACCCAAAGUCUGCCGGUGGAGCAACCGAUCGGUUCUACGGCUGCUGGUGGAUCGUAUGGAGGUGGUGGAGCAGGAUCAACGUAUCCGGAGGUAGUACAGGCGAUCGAACAUCGGAAGAAACCAAUACCGGUGGUGGGACGUAGCUUCGAGACGGCCAUUGACAUUGUGAACAAAAAUCGAGCCCUCUUCGCCGAUGACAGCAUGUCGGCUGACUUUAUCGACGACGAUGAGGAUGAGGAUGGGGAAGAGGAUGAUGAGGAAGAGACGCAAGGCAGUCGGCAGGCAACGGUGACGGCAGUUGUCGGAGAGGAGGAAGACGAUGACGAGGAUGAUGAGGAGGGUUACGAAGAUUUGGGUUUGGUUGAUGAUCCGCACUACAUGGCGAAUAACCGGCCAGCACUGAUGCAUCCGGUUAAGGCACCCGCACAAUCGACGACGGUGAAUAGCGCACUAUUAGAUAGGAAUGAAAAGUACAUCAAAAGUCUGGCCAUAUCUGGCGGUGCAGCGUCCUCUUCUGCGCCGUCUGCCGCGAACUAUUCUGCUCCCAUCGGUGGCAGCAGUUCGUAUCAGAAAACUCCCCUGCAGCGCCAGGAAGACGUACUCGAUCGACCGCUCCGUAUGUACGACAUUGAGCGGGCAAGCAAGAGCACCUUCGACGAUACCGAGCUGGCCAAGUAUCGGUACGAGCGGGGUGGUGUGAGCAGCACCGUGAAACUGCCCGUACGGCGUGUCGAUUCUGGCCCAUCGUCGGUGGCUGGCAGUGGGGCCAGUAGUGGAUCCGCCAUCGGUCGGCCGGGCGUGCAGCGGUUUCGCUACGGUGAUACGGCGUCGUACGGCGGCAGUGGCAUGAUUCGAAAUCAGAACCACAGCAAUAAUAGUUAUAGUAAUAGCAAUGUUGAAAUCGUGUUUGUAAAUACCGGACUAGAUAGUGUGGGGGCGCCGGCCGGAACCGGUGGUGGUGCUGGUUCCCUUUCGUCGUCGCCGGCCGCAAGGAAUCUCAAUCGAAAUAGCAUAAGCAGCGGAACGCUUACCCAGACCCAGGUACCAUCGUCGCUGACGGCCAGUAUGCGGAGGGACUCGUUGCCCAUAAGCCAUCACAGCAGCUUGGCGGCGAGUACGCGCACGCAGGGCGACGAAAUUAACUCCAACUAUCAUAUGCAUCAGCAGCAGCAGCAGCAGCAGCAGCAACAGCAACAACCGUCUUCGGCCGCGGUUUCCCACCACCAGCAAAGUCAAUCGACAUCCUCGUUGGCCCAUUCGCCCCAUUCGCUGCCGUUGGUAAGCUCGGGCCACAUUGGAAACUAUCAGAACUUGCAGUUUCCACCAACCUCGAACUAUCACCAACACCAUCAUCAUCACCAACAGUCGGUGUACAACAACAACGCCCAGCCGGUCGGAAAUGCGGGUGUGAAGAUGGCCACCUCUACGCCGUACAGCACGGGCAGCAAUAGUUCCUACCCGGGAGCAUCCGCGUCCGCCAGCAGUCAGCGUGUAUCGGCGGCAUAUCCGGAUGAUUUCGCACAAAACUACUACACGACGACGACUGCCACACCAAAGGGCAAAGCGGCCGCACUGCUCGGCACGGCCAAAUCGGAAGACAGUGCCGUAUCGAAUCAGGCACCCAAGUACCCGAUGGGCGCAACGCUUGCCAAAGCGGACAGCAGCGAUAUGGUCCUAUCGGCUGGAAGCAAAUCGGCGAUGAAUCAAAACACAGGCACCACGGCCAACGCUAGCAGUCGGCGCAUGAAAACGACAAAUCUCAGCGAGGAGCAGCUGGUUGGUGGAAGUUCCGGUUCCGCUGUCAGCUACCAUCCCGGCACCGGUCUGACGCGUCGUGGCCCGGUCGGUUCCAGCAAUCCCAGUGGCAGUGGUAACACCAGCAGCAGCACUAGCGUCGGUGGCGAUACGCUCAAACGUCGCAACUCGGAUCCAACCAACAAAAUCCCGCUGCUGGAGGUGAACCGCGGCAACGAUAUGUACCAGUCGAGCACGCGCAUCAACAUCGCCGGGCACCAGUUUCGGAAGGUGCAGCGUAUCAACAAGGCGGAACGGUGCGCCUGCUGUCAGGAGAUCGAUUCGUUCGUGAACGAGGGCUACCGGUGUCUGGACUGCAAAGUGCUGGUGCACACCAAGUGCAUCCAGAACGGUGGCAUCAAAUCGCUACAGUGUGCGGCGGCCAAGCGGUCGAAGCGCAUUCGCACCGGUGGUGGUGGUGCCGGCGGUGGCAGCGGAAUCGGCGGCUCGAGCAAACACGACAAGCAUCAUCCGAUCGGGGGCGGUUCCGCGAGUGGCCAGAAGAUCUCGUCCACACGCGAGUACACCGACUCGACCGACAAGAUCAUCAGCGAUGCCAAAGAGCUGCAGCUAAUGCAGGACUUCAUCACGCAGAAGAUCUGCAAGAUGGAGAACGACUGCGAGAAACCGUCGGAGGUGGAUCGCGUGUUUAAGCAGGCACUGCGCGAGUUCAAGGACAAUCUGGUCGCACAGUACAGUGUGGCCCACCGGCAGAACUCGGACGUGCUGAACAUCAAGUACCGCGAUCUGAUUGCCAACUUCGAGCAGGUGAUCGAAACGACGUCCGGGCGCAAAAACGAUUUCCCGCUAACAAUGGGCGUGAACGCGUUCCGUGGCUUUAUGAACGAGUUUAUGAACUCGCGCGAAACGGAAAAACCGAAAACGAAACGAAAGAAGGAUAAGAAACGAAAACACGACGAUCAUACCACGUUCAAUGGACAUACAUUCCAGCUAACGAUACUCAACAUUGCGACGGCAUGCGAAAUAUGUCAACAGUUUCUCCUGUGGCCAAUCGAGCGUGGACUGGUGUGCCAAAACUGUAAGCUAACCUGCCACAAAAAGUGCUACCAAAAGUCAGCAUCGUGCAACAAGAUCGCCAACGCUGAUCCAAACUCAUUGCUCGGUGCUGGUGGCAGCGGUUCGGCCGUGGUAGCCGGCGGUUGCGGACCGGACGGCCAGCCCCUGUACGGUGGUGGCAUUCCGACGAAGCUUUUCGGCGUACCGCUAACGGCACUCUGUGGCAGCAAUAGCGAUGGCGUUAAGAUACCGGCCCAGAUCACCAAGCUGAUCAUGAUGAUCGAAAUGCACGGUCUGUACUCGGAGGGCAUCUAUCGGAAGAGUGGUGUUAGCUCGAAGAUCAAGGAUCUGAAGGCCAAGAUGGAUCGUGCGGUCACGAGCGCGGAUGGUGGCGGUGGCGAGAUGGACUUUGAAUCGUACAACGUGCACGUGCUAACGAACGUGCUGAAAUCGUUCCUGCGCGAAAUGCCCGAACCACUGCUGACGUUCGACCGGUACGAUGAUUUUCUGCGCGCGGCCGAUCUGUCCGAUGGUAGCGAUCGCGUGCAGACGCUGCUGUCGCUGGUGAAGAAGAUCCCGCCAGCCCAUCACUGUCUGUUCGAGCGAUUAAUCUUCCAUUUGGCGCUGGUGGCGAAGCUGGAACAGUACAACCGCAUGUCGGCCAGUUCACUGGCGAUUGUGUUUGCGCCGUGUGUGCUCCGCACCAAUCGGUACGUACCGGCGCAGGACAGCCUGAACGAUAUCGGCCGUCAGACGAAGUGUAUGGAAACGCUCAUCACGCAGAAGAUGCUAAACGUGAAGAGUACACUGGCGGACAUUGAUACGCUUGACACGGCCGCUCACACGGCUACGGCGCGACUCAGCACACUGCGCAGCAGCAAGGUGUUCACGCACGAGGAGAUGGCAAAUGCACGCGGUAGCAGCGGACUGCCGACAGGUGGGCUGCUCGAAACGGAAACCGAGGAGAUGCUGCUAGAGGGCCAUAUACAGGAGAUACGAAAGGAGAAAGCGCUGCUCACCUCGACGCUGCCGAGUUUGGCGCGCGCCAGCUCGGAUGACGAUCUGCUUUCGACCGAUCUGGACGGUGAGGGUGGCAGUCUGGACGAUUUGAGCAACAGCAAGGAGAAAGACCUCGACGUAAGCAGUAGUGGUGGUGGAGGCGGAGGAGGCAAUAUGAUUAGUGACAGUGGCAUCUCGAUACGCUACCAGGCACCCUCCGAUCACGGCGGUAGUAGUAAUGUUAGUCUUAAUAAUGACGUCCCGAUGGCUGUGAGUUAUUCGUUACGUGAUCAGAGCGGAGCGGGAGGCUCGGGAGGUAGUGGUGGUGCGUUAGCCGGAGUGGACUACUUCCAUAAGAUGGGUUCGUCGUCUAGUGCGACCACGGGUGCACCGGGUGUGAAGACGAAAUCCCUCUCCCACCAGACACUGCUCGAGCGGGAAGCCUUCCUUCGCGGCAGUGGGUCCACGUCCGCCUCCUCGCCCCAGUCACCAACGGCCGCAACAUCCGUGACUGCCUCUUCCACGCCCUCGUCCUCGGCAUCGGCACCAUCGAUGAUAAAGUCGCAGCAAAAUGGCAACGGCACAAUCGGUGGCGGUGCUGUAGGUGAUCGUGUUGGUUCGAGCGGGUGCAGUGGAACUGGCGGUGGAUCGUCGGGGGGUAACGGUAGCGGAGCGAUGGCACCGACGGCAAACAGUGCCGGCAAACGGGCCGAUAUCAAUCUGAGCCACUCGAUGAUAACACUCUCCACCACGUCGCACAGCCUGGGUGGCAGUACGACCAGCAGCAGCAGUAGUAGCGGUGUCGGCGGAAGCACUGGCAGCACCGGGAGUGGUAGUGACCUGCAGCGACAGAAGCCGAUCAUCAUCCGGAGCGUGUCCGGUGGGUACGAGGUAGGCCAUCAUCACGGCUCUACAUCGACAGUCGGUUCCGGUACGACGAAUCCGGCGACAAACCACCGGAUAUUGAUACAGGGUUCACCAGCACUGCCGAUCACGUCCGGUGCAGCAACCAUCACGACCACCCCGUCCGGUUCCGGUGCUACCUCUACGUCCGCUUCCAGCUCUUCCAUCAACUCCACGAACCUGCACGCGAAAGACAAUAAUGGGAUGGGAAAGGAGGGUAGUGGCGGUGGCGGUAUGUCAUCGUCGUCGUCGGGCAGCACCGCCAAACUCGUGUCACGCCGGAUGUCCGCCGGUACCAACAAACGAUCUGGUGGUGGUGGUGGUGGUGGUAGUAGUGGAGGCGGUUCGAGUAGUGCAGCCGGUGGACCGGGACCGCCCGCCGGAGACGACGAACCAAUCAUGGUUUGAAAUGUACAACAGAGCAGAAUGCACGGUCCGCCGACCGCACGGUAUGCAAAGCGAACGUCGCUCGUUUAUGUCAUUGGCAGAGCGGAGCGUGAUCGGUACGAUCGAUAAAACGCGGGUGUCAUAGUGCAGCAUUAGGAAGAACACAGCACACAAACCUCCCCUCAAACACAUCUUAAGCUUAAGUCACGACAGUAAUAAUCCUAGUUUGAAAAAGUCUCCGAAGGAACGGAACGGGUGGUGGAUGACCCGUCAAAAGGCUGGCUGACUGAGCCACGCACACACCGACACACACAUAAAUACAAACACACGCUUAGCAAAGCAAACAGUUAGUCAGCGGCGAAUCGAACGAUCGGCAAACAGGUCUCCACGGAUUUGUGCAUUGAAAGGCAUCUCCGUUUAUUAUCGUUUUUUUUACAUUAAUUAAUUUAUAACAAUCAAUCAUAUGACACAAAUACAACCACACACACACACACACACACACAAACACACAUACACACGGUAGAAUAGAAUGGCGAAAUGAAACUGACAAAACUGAUGCGAAUGAAUGUGUGGGAUGAACUUUGAAUACUCCAAAAAACAAAAAAGCGAAUGCGCAAAAACGAGUGCGCAAUUUAGUCUGCUUUGUUUGUUUCUCUGCCACAAAUCUCCACUUCCAGCUUCUGAGAUGUGUUCGGGCUGGUGAUGAUGGUGUACAUGAAUGUUACAAUACAAAAGCAAAAACUGGUUAGGGAAGAACACUUUUUUCCUUACGCGGAGGAAUGUAAAGGUGAAAGCAAAUCUAAAACGAACGUAAACAGGAAUCACAUUGUGUUAGAACAGAUAACCAAUGGAGGGGAUAAUCUAAAAGUAUGCGGUUUCCGUGCGGUUUUGAAUUAAUUUUUGGUAAUUCGAAUCCAAUCGAACAGACGCAUCAAAUGAGUGACAGAGCGACAUAGGAAGAGCACUUGAAUUUAGAUGUAGUGGACCUAAGCUACAAAUAGCGAUCAACGAGUCAUACGGUGUUGUGUCCAAGAAACCGCGAUCUUCGCACGCGAAACCUUUUUGUUUUACAAUUAGUGCAACGCCAAACCAACAAAACCGCCCUCCCUUGUUAUUAUUUGCGAGUAGUAGUAAUAGUAGUAGAAGUAGUGCUAGUAGAUAGUCCCGCCCUUUAUGGUCAGACGGUGACGGUGUGGUAUCCGAUAACGCACAUCUUUCAAAACAUGGUGUCCAUUUUUCGGGAUGAAAUCUCGAACGCUUCCCCCUCGAUUCGUUUACCUUUCCCAUGGCGGUUAAGACCCGAUUACGGUCUGUAGAGACCACCGCCAAAUAGGUGGGGAACAAAUUUAAGAAUAUGCGAGAGAUUAACUUAUGUUCUUUUCUUCUAGUUUUGUGUACUACUCGCUGUGGUUUUUUAUAAUUUUGUCGUUGGCAAUCACACGGCGUGCGUAAAUGAAUGCUGAUGAACUCUUAGACAGAGCAAUAUAGUAUAUACACUCACACACACACACACAUGUAAACUUAUGAUUAUAAAUAUGUAAAUUUAAUUCCUUCCUCAUUUAAGUUGUACACGUUGGAGCGAGUGCCGCCGGCGAACGAACCCUUCCGGCCUCGGUUCCCUUUCCCCCCCCUGCUCAGCGCUUCCAAUCCGAUUCCCGUGGGGAAAAUGGGGGGCAGGAAAGAGAGAAAGGCGAAAAAAGUAGAAACCGAAUGGAAUCUGUGAAUAAUAAUAUUACGUGUCUCGACAGGAUCAUGCGAUCAUUGCUUAUCAUAUAUAUAUAUACAUAAUUAUUAUAUCGUUUUCUUUCCUUCUCUGAAUCUUGUUGUUUUGCCUCCGUCUAUCCCUCGGUUCCAGCUUGAGAUGUUAGGCAACAUAAAAAAUUGCAAGCAGCAGCCAGGCAGAGGAGUAAAACAGAACACUGUUUCCCAUAUUUCCAGUACUGAAGCGAAGCGAACCGGUGGGAAGCGAACAAUUAAUUUAAUAACACGAAACCCCGAAGCAAGAGAGAAAAGAAAUCGGUUCGGCUGCUCACAUGUUCUGAAUGUUGUUGCAAAAGAGUACCGUAAACCACCAGACUAAUAUUUAAACACAAACAUGGCCAAACGAAGCGCAUACGAUGCAGGUGUGUCUCGUUCUACGCAAGCUUCGGAUGGAUAAUCUGGAUAACAGGGGAAAAAGCAAACAAAACCACCAUCCUCGGUAGACAGAAAUAAGAAGAAAUUAAACCAAUUAUAUUUGUUCGUUUUGUUUGAUUUUAUUUCCUAUUUUUA